UUUGAAAUCACGCAUGCACAACACCUAAAUACGUGUUUCAUGAAAGAUUGUCACUGUUGCUGCUCACUUUAGUCAGCUGGGACCCUACCGUGCAUUCUAUCAAUACAGCCUUCCCAAAUUCUACAAACUAGCAGCUUGAUGAACAGAUUAUCAAGUCUCCUAAACUUGACACUGAGGAGAGGAGACAGAGAAACGAAGGGAGACUGUAUAGAUUGCGAGGGAUUCACUCCCACUCUUUCAGUUUGAUGCAGGCUAACUUCACGCAUGCUGUUCAAUAUGUGUUCUGCUUUGUUUAUCUGUCUGCUCAUCCGAUUGUCUAAAAACAUUGGCGGGCUCCUGAGAAGCCACUCAGCUCUUCAGACUCAGAUUUAUUGGUUACUAUGAGUGAGAGCAUAAAAGUUGUGUGCCGUGUGAGGCCACUUAAUGAGCAAGAGAAAGCAAACGACAGCAAGUUUGUGGUGUCAUUCCCCGGUGAUGGAGACACAACUGUAUUUCUUGGGGGUAAAAUGUUUAGCUUUGAUCAUGUAGUUCAGCCGAAGGCAUCUCAGUUAGAGGUGUACGAAGUUGUGGCCAAGCCUAUUGUUGCAGAUGUGUUGAAUGGAUAUAAUGGAACAAUAUUCGCCUAUGGUCAAACAUCGAGUGGAAAGACUUAUACUAUGGAGGGUAUUUUAGGUGACCCAGUUUUUCAAGGUGUUAUCCCGCGGAUAGUUGAUGAUAUAUUCAACCAUAUAUACCAAAUGGACGAGAACUUGGAGUUCCACAUUAAGGUUUCUUACUUUGAAAUAUACAUGGAAAAAAUCCGUGAUCUGCUUGAUGUUUCAAAAACAAACCUACCGGUGCAUGAGGACAAAGACCGAGUUCCUUACGUGAAAGGUAUCACGGAAAAGUUUGUUUCCACUCCAGAAGAGCUAUUCAAAGCGAUUGACGAGGGGAAGGCUAACCGUCAUGUAGCCGUGACGAACAUGAAUGAGCACAGUUCUCGAAGUCACUCAGUCCUCCUGAUCAAUGUUCGACAAGAGAACUUGGAAACUCAAAAGAAACUACAUGGGAAACUUUAUCUUGUUGACUUGGCUGGUAGUGAGAAAGUUGCGAAGACAGGCGCUGAGGGUACUGUGUUGGACGAAGCCAAAAAUAUUAACAAAUCACUUUCUGCUCUUGGUAAUGUGAUCAAUGCACUUGUGGAAGGAAGUUCUCACGUCCCUUAUCGUGACUCUAAACUAACUCGCAUUCUUCAAGAAUCUCUUGGAGGGAAUGCACGAACAACUAUGGUGAUCUGUUGUUCUCCUGCUGGUUAUAAUGAAGCCGAAACGAAGUCGACCCUAAUGUUCGGUAUGCGAGCCAAGACCAUCAAGAAUUUGGUAACGGUGAAUGAAGAAAUCACGGCUGACGAAUGGCGUAGGAGGUAUGAGCAAGAAAAAGAGAAGGUUGGUAAAUCACACACUAUUGUAAGUCAUCUGGAGAGUGAAUUAAAACGUUGGCGAGCAGGUGAAACUGUUAAUCAAGCUGAUUGGUUCACGGAAAAUCAAUAUGCUGGUGCCCUAGAUGAUACAAGAGAUUCGACAACUAGAUCCAGUGUCCCCAGUACACCUAUGCUAGACAGCGUCACUACUUCUACACCACGAUCUGCUGCUCUCACAAAUGCAUCUCCAGCGAAAAAUGUUGGAGAUGUACAGUUACAGUUGCUUUAUCAACAAUUUGACGACAGAGGUGAUGAAAUAAAUAAACAAGCUGAGACAAUAGCACGUCUUCGACAGCAAAUUGAAGAGCAAGAUGUGAACAAUUCUCUGCGUACAGAAAGUGAAGGACAAUUUAAAGAAAUCACAGCUCUUCAGGCUAAAUACCAGUCGAGGAAAGAUGAAGCGAAAGAAGUCCUGCAAGCCUUAGAAGAAUUAGCAAUGAAUUAUGACCAAAAGGCUCAGGAGAUUAAUGCGAAAGCGAAAGAACUGAAGAGACUCAGGAAACCUUGCUACUACAAACCAGUUUAAUGCAUAGUAAAGACUGUGAACUGUCACAGUUGAAGGAUGCAUAUGAAAAUCAGAAGAAGAAAUAU